GUACACUUAUACUGAAAUGUUGAAAAGUAAAAUUGUGUGCUUUCAUAUAGUCACUUCGUCAUACAAUUUACAAAUUUCAUUGCAUUUUGAGGGGAGUGUUGCAUGACCUGUGCCAUUCUUCUAAGAUGAACACCUUAGAUUCACUCAACGCGACAAAUGGGAGUGCAUGUGGUCCUGAGCCUCAGCACAUAUCUUUGGCUGUGAUCAUCAGUCUGGUCUAUCUGCUGAGCCUUCUGCUCAACGGAUUCAGCCUGUGGGUCUUCACCUGCCGCAUUCACAAAUGGAACUCUGGAGCCGUUCUGCAGUUUAAUCUGGCUCUAUCUGAUGCCAUCAUUACUCCAAUCACCCCACUGAUUGCAGCGUACUUUGCCAUGGAUAACAACUGGAUAUUUGGGAAAUUCGCCUGCCAGCUGAAGAUCGCUGUGCUCAGCAUCCACUUCAAUGGCAGUGUGAUCUUCCUCACACUCAUUAGCAUUCAUCGAUAUGUGUUCGUGGUUCACUUCAACCGCUCCUCGUUGCUAAAAAGGAAGGUAUUUGUGAAGAAGCUGUGUGUUGGGAUUUGGUGUUUUCUGAUAAUAAUUGGCUCUUUCUGUGGAUGGCUGCUUCCUGUUACCACUGAAGAAAGUCACGAGCAGUGUCUUUCUAUUCAUCAGACAACACUGACAGAUGCUUACUUCAUAAUUAACUUUGUGAUUUUCUUCUUUUGGUGUAUUCUACCCUUAACUAUAUCAAUAUUUUGCUACAGUCGCCUGGCAAGCUCAGUGUCCCGCAUUAACAUAAAUUCUUUUAAAGGCCAAUCAGUUAAGACUAAGUCCAUGAGGAUGAUAGGGAUAUGUCUAUUCAUAUUUGGCCUCUGCUUUCUUCCUCUCAAUGUUGUUCGGACUAUAGGACUAGUUGUGAAAAAGUAUCAUUCUACUAAAUGCAGACUCAUGUUGCAGUUGGAAACAGCAUAUUAUGCAUGUUAUAUACUGGCAGGAAUCAACUGCUGUUUGGAUCCCCUCAUUUACUUUUUCGGCUCACGUAAUUUUAUCGAAGCAUUCAGAACAUCUCUUAGGUUAGUAGGGGGCAGACAAAAUGUUGAAAACAAAACUGAGCCAGAAACAACAAGUUAAAGUGUAAAUUAGUUUCUACUGUUUCUCAGGGCAUUAGGUAAGUCAGCAUGAAAUGGAAGUUGUGAUCAAAUGUUCUGCUCUCAUGCAAGUGAACACGCCAUCAAACAAGAGAUAAGGGGAAGUUAAAGAUAUAAGGACAUAUGAACUUAAUGUCCAAAACACUCAUCAUUUUGAUUUCAUGGUAACUUUAAUGGUGCUUUGAUAAGCAGUCUACUGCAAGAUUACACUUAAAAUAUUUUUGUCCUUUAUAUAUUUAUUUGUCCUCCUAUUUUACAAUACUGUUUGUAAAGGACAAAAAUAAUCUUAAGUGUACUCUUGCAAAAUUAUUGUGAAUUUGACAGAAAUUUUUACUGUAACAACACUGCUGUAGAAUGCAUUAAAAAUUGUUAAAAUAACCAACCCUUCAAAACAUGCGAAUGAUAACUGCAUGCACCAAGAAGCUUUGAAAGUCUUAUUCAUCUGAAUCUUUCAGACAGUAUAAAUAAAACUCAUAUUUUGAAUUGUAGAUAGUGUUGAUAUUUCAAAUAACAAGCAAUGCUAAUAUGUGACAGCAACUAAAUAAACAGAAAAUCCUGUUUAGAUUUGUAAAUUGUAAAUGUUUUGUAACAAGUGGCCGUGUGAACAUUUUUCAAAACAACAAGCAUUAAAAUGUCCUAUUGUUAAACUUUUCUUAUUUGUACUGUAAUAAAAAGAGAUUUAAGAAGUGA